AUGUUAUCUUUGGCUAACGCCCAGUCUCUGCUGGCCGGUAUCGUUGCGGCUACCCUCAGUACGCUCUGCCUUACCUCGGUCUUCUCCAGCAAGAGCCAGGACGAAGCCCCGGGCUUGAUCAAGUCUUUCUUCCUCUUCUUCUACUCUUCUUUCCUCAAACCCCACCAGGGUGACUCCAAGGGCAACCAACAAGAUGCCCUCGAAAGCUUCUACAAGAAGCAGGCCGGCGCUUACGAUGCUACCCGAAAGGUACUCCUUCGUGGUCGAGAGGACAUGCUGGCGCUUGUUGCCGCACAACUUCAGGCGAAGCUAAAGAACAUGGCCUCCAAGAAUGAUCAAAAGACGAAGCGAGUCUGGGUCGAUAUUGGCGGCGGUACUGGUUUCAACAUUGAGGCCAUGGGCGCCUUCGUCGAUGUCCCUACCUUCUUCUCUAGCGUAUACCUCGUCGACUUUUCCCCGUCUCUGUGUGAAGUGGCGAAGAAGCGAUUCGACCGUCUUGGCUGGAAGAAUGUCAAGGUGGUAUGUGAGGAUGCUCGCAAGUUUCGUCUUGAGGAUUAUGAAUCCGGCAUGCCUUCGAAGCCAAUUCCACCUCGUUCUCCGGCCCUGAGCUAUUUCGAUAAGCCACGUCCUGAUUUUGGCGGAGCAGACUUGAUCACAAUGUCAUACAGUCUGUCCAUGAUUCCUGACUAUUACUCUGUCAUCGAUUCAGUGACUUCUCUCCUGUCACCUCAAGGCAUCAUGGGCGUUGUAGACUUUUAUGUUCAGAACAAGAUCGACUUUGCCUUCCGAAACUACACUGGAGGUCUUGUGGAUCGUCACGUCAACUUCUUGUCGCGAAGCUUUUGGCGCUCCUGGUUUGAUCUUGACCGGGUCGGUCUCGAACCCAGUCGUCGAGAUUACCUCGAGUACAAGUUUGGCACUGUCCUCAACGUCAACACUCGCAACAAAGGAUUGGGGGCCAUUCCCUACUAUAUUUGGCUUGGUUGCCACAAGAAGCCUUUCUCAUCGUCCAGUCUCCCCCAUGAGAUCGUUGAGCGCAUUGAUGCUUUGGUUACAGAGUCCCCUUACCUGUAUCCCGCCAAUCACGGAGAUGCUUUGACUCGAGCUAUCGAAAGAUCUGCACCUGAAAUUCGAUCCAAGGCAUUCCUCACUGCCGUUUCCAACCUUUCUUCUAACCUACCUCUGCCUUCCUUCUUUUAUCAAAAUCACCACUGGCGCAUCUACUACGACGAGCAGCUUCCCAAGCAUACCCAGUUCAAGGAUGAGUAUAUCUAUGCUUUUACUUGGGAAGAUACUCGCGUUGAUGAACGUAUCCUGAAGCUUGAUGCCGACGACAAGGUUCUCGCCAUCACUUCCGCCGGCGACAACAUUCUCUCAUACCUCCUUCAAAGCCCUGCUCGUGUUCAUGCAGUCGAUCUGAACCCCACACAAAAUCAUCUUCUUGAGCUCAAGGCAGCUUCAUAUACUGCACUGUCUUAUGAAGAUUUCUGGAGGAUAUUCGGAGAUGGCAAGCAUCCUCGUUUCCGUGAGCUUCUUAUCACCAAGCUUUCGCCCCAUCUUUCAGGUCGCGCACUCCAGUAUUGGCUCAAGAACGUUCACGUAUUCCAGAACAGCAGCGGUUACGGUCUCUAUGACACUGGAGGCUCCCGUCACGCAAUCCGUGUUUUCCGUUGGAUUGCCCGAAUCUUUGGUCUGCAGAAGGCCGUGAAGCAGCUCCUUGAGGCCAAGACCCUUAAUGAGCAGCGAGAAAUUUGGCGACGCAAGAUUCGACCUGCGCUUCUGUCCAAGCUUGUUUGCAAUUUGGUCGUAUCUCAAGAGAGCUUCCUCUGGGCUGCGCUUGGUGUCCCCAAGAACCAGUUAGCCAUGAUUGAGGCUGAUCAUGCCAACUCGGACUUGGUCAAAGGCCCCAAGCCCGCUGCUAAGAACACUCGUUCUCAUGCCAUCUGGCACUACAUGGUCAAUACUCUUGAUCCUGUUGCAGAGGAGACUCAUAUCGCCGCCGAUAACCCUUACUAUUAUGUCUGCAUGGAUGGCAAGUUCUCACCGAAGUGUCAUCCAGAUUAUCUCAGUCCCCGGGCCCACGCAAAACUCUCUCGCCCUAGCGCUCUCAACGGUCUUCGUAUCCAUACUGAUGAGCUUGAGGAAGUCAUCGCGCGCAUUACCCCUGGCACUUUGACUGUUGCUGUAGUCAUGGACAGCAUGGACUGGUUUGAUACCGGAUCCCGAGCCGCUGCCGCUCAGAUCACAAAGCUGAACCGUGCAUUGGCAAUGGGUGGCCGUGUGCUCCUUCGUUCUUCCGCGUUGACCCCUUGGUAUAUCAAGGAGUUUGAAAGUCACGGAUUCACUCCUAAGCAGCACGGUGCUCGCACUGAUGGAGCCUGCAUCGACAGAGUGAACAUGUAUGCCAGUUGCUGGAUAUGCACAAAGUCGGAAAACUUGCCCCCUCCUACACCCGAGAUGGAUCGAGGCGGAGGUUGCGAGAUCACGUCAUUGACUAUUUGA